CUGAGUAGACUUUUCCCGCGUCCGGGUUGGCAGCGAAAAUUGGCGCGCGCGCUCGUUUGUUUUCCGAAAGUGCACGUGGCUACUAUCCUACCGUACUCGGCAGAGGUACUACACAUUUCAACCGGUAUCUGCAAGCUUCGAAAGGCGCUCGCUGAAGCGUGGAAAACUGUUCUGUUGUUACUUUUAUGUGUUUCUGAGAGUACGAAGUGGCACGUAACAUAAAUUAGAGGUGAUAGAUGGCGAGCGUAUGAGAUCGAUCAAAAAGCUGACGAUGUGGAAAACUGACGUGAUAAGUGGAAAAGUGUGAAUACAACAGCGACUGGUGUAAACAGAUUAAUUAGUGUGGUGGUGGCGUGGCUAUAGAGUCUGGCAUUAGCAACUUCGGUGACGUUCGUAGCGAGUGGGUGAGAAAAACCUUGUGAGGUGAUCAACGGGAUUGCCAGCGCUCCGACGAGAUCGCUGGCACAACGUUAAGGUAACAUCGAACAGGGAUUCAACGGAAAUUUUGCGACGUCUAGAAAAACGGAAGAGUGAAUAGAGUGAAAAUGGAUACCAGGCAAAGCAGCAGUUGUAUAUUGUAUAAAAUUGGACUGCUUCUGCUACUUGUUCAAGCCUCACAAUGCCUGCAGAUCACAAACCUAGACGUGCCACAAUCGUUCACUCUUUCGCGAGGUGAUGAACCUGCUAAAGAUCUCAUUCUGGACUGCGAGUACGAGCUGGCAGAUGAUCAGUCGAAAGGUUUCGUGCUAAAGUGGAAGCAUAACAACCUACCGAUCUACCAGUGGAUUCCCUCCAAGAAGCCGGUGGCCCUUGCCACCUUCAAGGGUCAUGUCGAUCUGGAGUACUCCAAAUCGGACGACCGGUUGCAGAAAUAUCGUGCCUUGAAGCUGAUCAAUCCGGUGGCGAACUUUACCGGAAACUAUAGCUGUUCGGUGCAGACGUUCACCGAGAAUGAAAUGAAAACGGCCCAUCUGCAGAUCGUUGUGCCGGAAACGGACUUCAAUCUGACGUAUUAUCUGGAAAGUAACGGGAGCACGGUGGUUUCGUGUGUUGUGAGCGAUAUCUUUCCGAAACCGGAGCUGUCGUUGUUCAUCGACGAAUCGGAAACCAGCGAAGUUGUAGUCACCGAGGAGCACACACAAGGAUCGUACGAUGUUGUGCUGCAACAUAUCCUGGACGACGAAUCUAAAGAUGCCGAAAUUGAAUGCCAGCUGUCGAUACCGGGGACCAAUUAUACCAAAAAACGAGAGAAAAUGUUCCACGGAGCUGCCUUCCGAGUAAACAUAUCGACACUGCAGUCCCUGUUCUACGCCUUGGCCGCAGCAGUAUUGUCUCGAAAUGUUAGAUUUUAACAUCGCCUUCAGCUUUACAUUAGGGAAAACAAAUCUGAAAACGAUAGUCGAUACUUUUCUCCGUAUUAGUAACUACCAGUGUCUUAUUAGUUGUUUAGAAAGUCAGAUAGAUUUCAUCGUUAGGCUGUAAGUCUAGCAACGGGAACGACUAAAUAUGACGCUUAAAUCUAUUUAAAAGAAAGCGGUUUACUCGUCCGCCAUUGUAUAUUUAUUCGUCGUUUAUGUUUUACAAUAAAUAAUUAAUGUCUUCCAUUGUACUGAAAUGAGUUUUUUGUACAAGUCAUAAUACUAUUUUCUCGGCUAGCACAGGUUACGAAAUUCACUCUCAGUUUCUCGAUUUAACGCACAUUGUUACUUGCUUUAGUAAUUUGUUUAUUUUAAGAAGAUGUUGUAAAUAAUUAUUUGUAUCUAGUUGAUAGAUUUAAACUGCUAACGAUUCAUCGCUUGUUUGAUUAAACUAUCUACCACUAGGUUCGAUCAAGGAAAUUUUUUGUUAUGUGAAGCACAGAACAGAACGCAAAGCCCAAACCAAAUGAUUAGAUAAUAAAUAUUUAAUGAACCAA